CUUACUGAUCAAGUUUUAUUUUGGCUUGGUGAAUUGCAAAGUGCUAUUAUUUAUUCUUCUAUUAUUUUUAAGAAACAAAUUAUUGAAGCAUGUUCAAAAUUAUGUAAUCAAGAACUUACUGCUUUAUUACAUAGUUUAAAAUUAGUACAAGAGGCAAGGCUUCUUCUCUCUAGUCCAAGUAAACCAGAAGUAAUGUUCGAUCGUAAAGAUUUAAUAGCUGGCCAAAAAGAGCUACAAAGCAUCAUUAAUUUAUAG